UAUUUUAUUUAUAAGCUACACAGCACCAAUCAUGUAACGGUGUAGUACUACCACAGUAGAUCGUAGCUCCAGCUCUACAGCUCGGCAUUGCGAUGAGAGGCUCCUCUCAAGGGGCUAUCCACAACCCUAUUGACUAUUGACGUCAUCUCGCCACCGGAGAAGUGAUCUCUUACUAAGACUUGGUGAAAGGACAAAAUUUCUCUCGAUACAUAAAGGGAGAAGAGGAGAAACUGAAUAAUACACUUAUAACUAGUAUAAACCAGAGGGGAGCUAGCAGAGCUGUGACUGGCACAGGACAGGAAUGGUGGAUCACUUGCCGAUAGGCGAGGAGACCUUCAUGUAUUACGCCAACUCUCCGGCAGACCAUCACGCAUCGGACAUGGUGACAGACACGGGUGUCUACCAGGCGCUGUCCUCCCCGUUCUCAGAGGACGACCUGAGUGACUCGUCCAGCGCUCGCUCCUGCUCCAGCCCUGAGUCCCAGGUGCUGGGUUCCAGCUAUGGCAGCAGCAGCAGCAGUGGAGAGAGCCAGGACGGUCUCCUGGACUUCCUGCUCUCCCAGGCCACACUGAGACGUGGAGUUACUCCCUCUCUAUCCCCCUCAGUACCACCCAUCCUCCCCAUGGGUCUAGCAUGGGAGUCAAAGAGGGACCGCCUGUCUCCGACAACCAAAGAGGAGUGCUUUGAGUUUCCUGAGUUCCCAGCGGACCUGGAUGAUCACAUAGGGCUGCUGUUUCAGCCCACCCUGGAGGAGAUAGAGGAGUUCCUGGAGGAGAAUAUGGAGGUGGUGGCGUUGAAGAAUGAGGCUUGCGAGGGUGGGAUGUUGGAUGUUAACAGUCAGGUGACAGGGUCAGUGCCUGGGCUAGCGCACUCAGACCAAACAGUACCUGUUGCCGGUGCUACUGACCUCACCACAGAGACCAAACACACACCAACAUCCCCGAUAACAGACUCCAACGUUUGUAGUGGGAUUAAACAGGAAGACAGUGCUGGGACACCAGCAUCAGUAGAGGGGUCCGGUGUGUCGCCUGUCAUCCUGCAGAUUCAACCAAUCCAGAUUAAGCAAGAGCCAAUCCCAGGUGCGAUACCAACACCAGUAUCACAGCAGCCCACCCAGCCCACCUCAGACAUCAAAAUUGCCCAGCUCCUGGUCAACAUCCAGGGCCAGACUUUUGCCCUGGUGCCCCAGCUGAUGUCCCCAGCUAAUCUCAAUGGCACAUCUUCCAAAUUUGUGCGCAUCGCACCCGUACCCAUAGCCGCCAAGCCCCUGGGUCCCGGGGAGGGUGGGCUUGCAGGUGGCCAGGCUGCAGGGAUCCUGGUGGGAGGACAGAAGUUCCAGAAGAGCUCGGUAGCGGACCUUAUAAAAAUGCAUAAGUGUACUUUCCCUGGAUGUGCCAAGAUGUACACUAAGAGCAGCCACCUGAAGGCCCACCUGAGAAGGCACACGGGGGAGAAGCCCUUUGCCUGCACCUGGCCUGGCUGUGGAUGGAGGUUCUCAAGGUCAGACGAACUCUCCAGACACCGGCGCUCCCAUUCUGGAGUGAAGCCUUACCAGUGUCCUGUCUGCGAGAAGAAGUUUGCCCGCAGCGAUCACCUGUCCAAACACAUCAAAGUCCACCGCUUUCCACGAAGCAACAGGACUGUGCACUCUGCAAACUGACCCUGUUGAUCCCCCCCCACCCCCCAUCCUGCUAGACUGAGGCCUCGCCAGGGGACACACAGAGAGACAAGGAUAGGAUAUUUGUGUGAGAGAGAGAGUUGGAGGAAUGAAUGUGGGAGAGGGCAUGUAGCAGAGGGGACAGUGGGACUGAACAUUCAAACAACGGUGAAGAGAGAGAGUGUUUGAAUGUUUUGUUUGUGUAUGUGUGUGUUUGUGCAAGAUUGUGUGACGCACAUUGGUGGUCCUGUGAUAAUUUAUUGGGUGAUACAAAACAAAAACUCUUACUUGACAUGACAUCUUCACAGGUGUAUUACGUCUUGUAAAUAGUUUUUCUUUCAUUCUGGGGGUUUUGUCGUCAUUCACAUUUUAAAGAUAAGAUUUGAGAAUCGAACAAAAGUUUUGUUAUGCAAAGUAUUUUUACACUGAGGUUUGAAUGAAUUGUUGUUGAUGUACCUGCCUAUAAUUAAUGCAUCAACAUUCCUUCUUCUCAUCGCCUACGGGGGUUUUAAACUUUUACAACGUAGUUCUUUUAAAACCAAAACAUUUAUAUUAAUACUCAAACGUUCAUGUUGAACUACUGAUCAUUAUCAGGAUCAUGCCAUUAUAAGCUACUGGCAAAAUGUGGAGGCUGUCUCCUAUUUUCAUUACAGGAGCACUAUGAUGACUCGUGCUAGGUAAAAGGCAUGUGGAUCAGUUAACAGCAAACAGUGAACAGCCAACUGCCGUACAACGAGGUGCAACAAAAAGGAAAUAUGCACAUUGUUUUAUGGUGCGUUGUUUAUAUGUGAACCGACUGGCCUUUAGAUCAGUACUGAAUAAUUGUAUGUUUUCUUUUUGUAUAUUUGUAUACGUUAGCUGGAGGAGAUGCUAUUUUUUAUUUAGUUGAAUGUGUGUUAUGUCCGUGACUCUUGAAGCUCAUGCUAUUUGAAUAUCUUAAUGUCAUCCACGUGUCUGGCCUUGUAACAAUGCAGUGCCUUCGGAAAGUAUUCAGACACCCUGAUCUUUUUCCACAUUUUGUUACAUUACAGCCUUAUUCUAAAAUUGAUUAAAUAAAAAUAAAUCCUCAGAAAUCUACACACACACAAUAC